CCCACCUGCACUGGCUUCCCCGCCACCUUCCAGGCUGCCUUCCCCGCCGCAUACCAAGCUUACCCUGCGACAUCCCCCUCCUGCGGCGGCUGCGGCACUUGCGAGCCAUGCGCCCAGGAGAAGCGCCAGUUCAAGGCCGACCGUGACAACCAGAACAUCUACCAGGAGGUCGACGCCAAUCAGGGUCUGAUGGCCAACCUCCCGAUUGAUGAGUUCUUCGGCUCUGAGACCGCGACCCAGGUUGUGACCCAGCCUGUCUUCUUUGCUGCCCCCACCCCGACCUCUUCAUGCGGAAGCAAGGACGAGUUCAAUGUCAUCAACGACGUCAAGUUCGCCGAUUCCGGUUUCUUCAAGGCCAAGCGCUCGCUCGGUGGCCUUACGAGGGGUGCAUUCGGUGGUAUGGACGAGUUCAAUGUCAUCAACUCCGUCACCUUCGCGGACCGUGAGCAGCAGCAGUUCAACAACCCUUGCAACUACGGAUGCAACCCAUGCUACGGCCAGUGCAGGCCCAAUGGCAAGCCCAAAGGCGCCGUCGCCCAGAACUCCAGCUCCCAAUCCUCCAACCGCAACCGCUGCGCGGGCGAUCGUUUUAACAAUGCUGAGCACUCCAAGCAGCACUCGAAGCGGCAGAUGAUGGAUUGCUCCAGUGACAACCAGAACAUCGUCCAGAGCAUUCAGAACAACCAGAACGUCGAUGCCGAGAUCCUCGGCAACACUGGAUUCGCAAACACUCGCUCCUUCCUGUCCUUCCUGAACAAGCGUGAUGUUGGCCUGAUCAAGGGCUCGCCUCUUGCGCGCCGCAACUACCAGCAUAACCCUACCAAGAACAUCAACAUCAACAAGAACCUCAACAAGCCCCAGCCCCCGCCUUGCCCUGUUGAGAUCACCACCACAGAGUACGUUCCGGUGGUGGAGAAGAUCCCCGUUGCAGUUCCAGUCACGACCCCACUCCCACGUGCCAGCCUGCACCGAUCGUGAACAACUACAUCAACACCGAGGCCAACGCUGCUUCCGGUGCUGAGAACAAGAACAUCCACAAUGGUCCCAUCGCUGAGAUUGUUGAGGAGGUGGCUCAGCCUUGCCCUGAGGUCGUCGUCACCGCCCCGGCUGUGACC